AUGCACAGCGGGGCGCCUGUGAUUCACACGCUGAAGUAUUUCUACACUUCGUCCUCUCAAGUUCCAAACUUCCCAGAGUUUGUGAUGGUUGGUUAUGUUGAUGAAGUCCAGGUGGUUCACUAUGACAGCGAGAGCAGGAAAGCAGAAGCCAAACAGGACUGGAUGAACCAAAUCACAGAAGAGGAUCCAAACUACUGGCAGAGAAACACAGAGAUCUGUGUUGUUCAGGAGCAAGUCGACAAAGUCAGCAUUGAAAAUCUUAAGAAUUUCAACCAAACUGGAGGUGUUCACAUUGUCCAGUGGAUGUCAGGAUGUGAAUGGAAUGAUGAGACUGAUGAAGUUAAAGGUUGGCAUCAGCGUGGUUAUGAUGGAGAAGAUUUCAUAUCGUUGGACAUGAAGACAUGGACAUGGACUGCAGCAAAACAACAAGCUUUCCCCACCAAACUCAAGAGGGACCAGGACAUACUUGGACUAGACUACCUAAAGUAUUACUUCACUGAGGAAUGUCCUUCUUACUUGAAGAAGUAUGUGAACAAUGGCAAGGAGGUCCUAAUGAGAACAGAGCUUCCAGAGGUGUUCCUCCUCCAGAAGACGCCGUCCUCUCCGGUCACCUGCAUGGCGACAGGUUUCUACCCCGACCUAGCCGACCUGUUUUGGAGGAAAGACGGCGAGCAGAUGUUCGAGGACGUGGAGCACGGAGAGCUGCUCCCCAACCACGACGGAACCUUCCAGAUGUCGGUGGAGCUGAAAGUGGAGGUGACGGCCGACGUGGAGGGCAAGUACGAAUGUGUGUUCCAGCUGUCUGGCGUCAAGGAGGACUUGGUCACCAAGCUGGAGAGAAGAAGCAUCCUGAGCAACGCAAGCCAUGAAGACCACUGGAGCGUCGCCAUCGGUGCCACGGCGGCGGUCUUGGCUGUGGCGGCCCUCCUGGCGGCCAUCUUCCUCGUCAGGCGACACAGACAAGCUCGCCACGGCGGGGCCGAGCUCCCCGAGAACAUGCCGGCUGAAGGCUGA